AUGGCGGCCCGGAUAUCGCCCACCACGAAGAUUCUGCGCAAGUCUCGUCUGUUUGCGCUCCCGGCUUCGCUCUCUCCCCCAGCACAGUCUCUGACCUCGAGCUCGAACUUUUGGUCGGACACAGCGACACUCCCAUAUCCAACUAGAGCGACCAUUGAGACACCUCCUAGCUCUCUAGCGAGAGGAGAUUGGGGUCUAAAGCGGCCGCUACCAUCCAAGUCCACUGUGGACAGCUCUUCGAACCCUGUUGUCCGGGUGAACUAUCUCGAUACUUACGAGCACAUCACGGACUUCCACUCUGCAAAUGACCACGCCCUCACUCUUAAGAAAUAUCAGGAGUUGUCUCUCCCUAUAUCCUCAACAACUCAUGGCACAUCAUCACUGGUGGGUAGUGGUCGACAUACGAGUGUCUUUGAAAGCUCGACCGAUAAUAUGACCACAUCCGAAGACCAAAGCUCCGAAAAGAAACUGAGAUACAGAUUCAAGGGUCCAUGGCUAGCUGGAAUGACGGAAAUUGAAUUUGAAAGAUACCUGAAGAAGGUACGGAAACAGAAACCAGAGUUCCUACAGAGACUCCGCGAAGCAGUCAUAGAGAACAAAGCGCUGCAGACCCGGAGACGGUUGAUGGAUGAAGGGAAAUCAUUCGAGGAGUCAGAUCUACCGAAAACACUGAGUGACGCCGAAUUUGAGAGUGCUCUCCUGGCUCUUCGUGCGGAUCCUGCAGCACUCGGCCCAGAGAUCAACAAGUUUCUCGACCUAGCUACUCCACCUAAGGUCCCCGACAGACGAAUUCACCUACGCAACUGGGCUGCUGGCCCAUCAGACGUAGCGUCACCCCAGUACGCACGAGAUGGCCCUCCUAAGACACAUCCGUCUGCUGGCCUCAGCUACCUGCGUACCCGAUCGCACAUCGAGAACCACCCCAUCGCUGGACCCCAACAGAAUCCCCGCCCAGUCCAAGCUCGAUUGCUGCGCGCAAGAGGCCGUGGCAGAGGAGGGUCGUCCAAGAGCAUAGUCGGUGUUGCCGGAUUUGUUACGGACGACAUUGGUCCAUCCGCUUCUAGAGAUUUUGACAGCCAAAAGGGAUCAAUCCAGUUCGACCCUGACCUCCCUGGUGGCGCCAAAUACUGGGUCAAGGUAGAGAAGGCCACCGUAGAUGCAAAGGGCAAGGUCCUGCUCCGUGUCGACGGCGCUACAAAUUCCGUUAAGGCUCUCUAUGGAGUCCAGGGUGCGGCUGAAGCUCUACCCUCUUUCGUCACCAAUCGCCCUGGUUACGGCCGCCUUGAUGAUAAGCGAUGA